AUGUUAACACCCGGACCCACAGAGACAUGGGACGGCGAUGCGUUUAUCAAAGUGGAGGGGAACAAGAUUACCAUGAUCGAUGAGGAAGGAGCUUACAAGGGCGUGACGGGAAAGGGGGAGCGCAUACUCGGCCCAGAUCAGGAAUUGAGAAUUGGAGGGCUAGAAGCAUUGAUUGAUCGUGAAGUGAGCGAGCAAGAGUUCAAAGCAGGAACAACGAUUCUUAAUCGACCCAGAGCUUCCUCAAGUACAGCUGGUCCUACAUCAUAUCGCGCUGCAACAUUCGCUAAACCUUUCAAAGCUCCUACGCAGACCCAUGCUCCCAGACCCGUGGCAGGUUACAUACCUGGAAGAACGGCUUCGGGCGGCUCUACUCCCGCGCCAGAGGGAAUUCCUCUUUCAUUUAAACCGGAAACACCUAUUUCCAGGCCUAUCCCAGCAAAAUCAUUCUAUGGACCAUCAUCUACUAUAAAGAAGACUGAACCCAAAGAAAAGAUUGUAAUCGGAGAAAAGAGCAGGAAGGAAAGAUUAGAAUGGGGAGGAGCGCUAUUCAAUCCUAAUGCUGACGGAGCCGUGGUCAUGCCAAGACCACCAGACAAGCUAAUGGCAGCAGUAAGGAAGAAGAAUCCGGAUAUAGAAGUGGUGGAUGUUGUCAUCGAUCCGAUAAUAGGGUCGCUCUUGAGGAAACAUCAAAAAGAAGGUGUUCAGUUCAUGUAUUCCUGCGUUAUGGGAUACACGGCAGCAGAAGCAGAGGGAUGCAUCCUUGCUGACGAUAUGGGUCUUGGAAAGACCCUUCAGAGUAUAGCACUCAUCCAUACUCUAUUGUACCAAUCACCUUUCUACAGGCAAAAGAGUGUAAUCGAAAAGGUUUUGGUCGUUUGUCCAGUGACUCUGGUGCAGAACUGGAGAAAGGAAUUUAGAAAAUGGACUUCAUCCAAAACCGAUAAACGUAUCAAUGUGAUGGUAGCCGAUGGUACCAAUUACCAGAUCUCCAAUUUUGUGUCCAAUAAAAAUAUGCAGGUUUUGAUCAUCGGUUAUGAAAGACUUCGAAAGGAGAUUCGUCAUUUAGCGGCUUGUCAGCCCAAAAUCGGGCUCGUCAUCUGUGACGAGGGACAACGACUCAAGUCCAAGGACAACAAGACUACAAAGAUGUUCGACCUUCUUAGUACCAACCGCCGAAUUAUCCUUUCUGGUACUCCCAUACAAAAUGAGUUAUCUGAGUAUUGGUCGAUGGUGGAUUUCACUUGUCCGGGUCUAUUGGGUUCUUACAAAGCAUUCAAUAAGAAUUAUGAGAAACCCAUUACAGCCGGUCGAGCUAUCGGUGCUAACCCCAAAGUCGUAGAAUUGGGCUUGGAGCGAUCAGAAGAGCUCACCAAGCUUUCGAAAGAAUUUGUGCUGCGUCGAGAUACUGGUGUCAUGGAGAAUUUCCUGCCUCCCAAGCAUGAAUACGUUCUUUUUAUUGCUCCCUCGUUGCUUCAGCUAUCGGUCUUGGCGAGACUACUAAAUCCUUCUAUCGUUGGGGGUCUCCUUCGUGGAUUUGGCGCUCAAUCACUAGCGAUGAUUGAUAUGAUGAGGAAGAUAUCAAAUUCUCCAAUGCUAUUGAGAAAAAAGGAUGAUGAUGGUAUAGCCGCCGAUGCAAUAGGGACUGCUCUCAGCGAAGCCAAAUCUGCGAUUCCUCUUGAUGUCAAUAUCAACGACGUCAAUACGAGUGGCAAGAUGCUCUUUCUCGACAAAAUGCUCCAUUCUAUAUAUCAAGACACUACCGAGAAAGUCGUCGUAGUGUCAAACUGGACCUCAACACUGAGUCUCAUUCAAGAUAUGUGCAAGAUCAAGAAAUACCCUUUCCUUCGACUGGACGGAAGUACACCGCAGAAGCAAAGACAAGAUUUGGUAGACUCGUUCAACAGAGAUACUAAAAGGCACGAUAGCUUCGUUUUCCUCCUUAGUGCCAAAGCUGGUGGAGUAGGACUAAACUUGAUCGGUGCAUCGCGAUUGUUCCUUUUCGACAGUGAUUGGAACCCGUCAACCGAUCUACAAGCCAUGGCGCGAAUUCAUCGUGAUGGUCAAAAGCGACCUGUCUCCAUAUAUCGUCUUUUGACUACCAACGCGAUUGAUGAGAAGAUCUACCAACGACAAAUCACCAAAAUGGGUCUGUCAGACCAAAUGAUGGAUCAUGGUGAUACAGUCCGGGAGAGCAAAGAUUCGUUCUCCCAAGACGAGUUGAAGGACAUUUUCACUCUCAACCUCAAGACUGAUGGUUGUGGAACGCACGAUUUACUGAGUUGCGAUUGCAAUAACAUCAAUAAGGCUAUUGAAACUGGUAGUGAGGAGACUAGUACUGUAGCUGGUGAUGAGGAUAAUGGGGAAGAGGAAACAACUGGAUUUGUGAACGCUGCUGAUUAUGACCCUAAGCCAACGGCAAAAAUGGUGCGUAAAGCUGCACAGGAACAGCAACAGAAACUUCAAGCACUGAAAAAGUGGAACCAUUAUGAUGCGUAUGACCAUAACUCGUUCACAAAUGUUAAGGAUACUCUCCUCUAUAAUAUGCUCUACGGCGUCUGGGAUAUAAAUGAGGACGCUUUACCUGGUUCUGCCUUGAUCGAUGGCGAUGACCUUGGGGACAAACGUGACCUAAAAAGGAAGAAGAGAAAAGUUACCAGGAGCAAGAAUGGUAUAGAUGGCGACGACGAGAAUGAAAAUGAUGUUCCUGAUAAAAUACUUGACUCGGCUUCUGAAGACGAAGAGGGAAAUGAAGUUGGCAAUAAGUCUGCUGGACCAGGAUCAGGCUCUGACGAAAGCGAAGAUGACUCCAUCAUAGUCCCGACCAAACGGAAAUCAACAAUGAAAGACAAAUCUAAAAAGAACACUCGAUCAGCUAGGGAUCCUUCUCAAGAAUAUGAUGAUAUCUUAGGAUCAAACAAAGUAAAGAGACAUAACCUCAAAGAAAUAGCUGAAAAAGGUGAUACCGGAAGAGUCAUGUAUAUAUUCGAAAAGAUAUCAAAAGCCAAAUUGGGAGAAAUCAAGGCGUAA